GCAGACUUUUCUCUAAUGAAGCCUGGAAGUGCGCUCCCAAACCUCGACCCCUCCUCCCCGCCCUCCCGUUGGUCGACUUUGACGUCAGAUCUCUCUGGGUCCCGCCCGCCCGGCUCAAGUGGCGUCUGUGAAUGGAGGGCGAUAAUCCCGCAUCGGCGGAUGCAUCGUUUUGCGGUAUCUUUACAUCGUGCAUCGCCGACGAUAAACUGACCGGACCGAAGCGAGCCAUGGUGCACAAAUUGGCCGCUCUACGCGCUGCUCCGCAAGAUGUUGAGCCGAUUGGUGAGUGGCAGCAUCAGGAAUCUGGAACGGGAAUACAGCUGCACCGUCAGGCUUCUGGACGACUCGGAAUAUACGUGCACCGUUCAGCGUGAUGUUAAAGGACAGUAUCUGUUCGACCUCAUCUGCCACCACCUCAACUUGCUUGAGAAAGAUUAUUUCGGCAUCAGAUACGUGGACCCGGACAAGCAGCGGCACUGGUUGGAGUUAACACGCUCCAUUGCUAAGCAGAUGAAAUCUCAGCCUCCGUUCACCAUGUGUCUGCGAGUCAAGUUCUACCCUCCUGAUCCCGCUGCGCUCAAGGAGGAAAUCACAAGAUAUCUUGUCUUCUUGCAGAUCAAAAGAGACCUCUACCACGGCCGACUCCUGUGUAAAACCUCGGAUGCCGCCUUGCUAGCAGCCUACAUCCUUCAAGCUGAGAUCGGCGAUUACGACCCCGGCAAGCAUCCCGAAGGUUAUAGCUCCAAAUUCCAGUUCUUCCCCAGACAUUCGGAGAAACUGGAGCGCCGGAUCUCAGACAUACACAAGACAGAGCUGAUUGGACAGACACCUGAAACAUCAGAGCGUAAUUUCCUGCAGAAAGCCCAGAUGUUGGAGACAUAUGGUGUUGAUCCACAUCCAUGCAAGGACGUGUCAGGGAAUCCAGCUUUUCUUGCCUUUACACCGUAUGGUUUUGUGGUCCUGCAGGGAAACAAGAGAGUUCAUUUUUUUAAAUGGAACGAGGUGACCAAACUGAAGUUCGAGGGCAAGAUGUUUCACGUUAACGCAAACCAGAAGGAGGUGAGGGCACGACUUUCCGCCAUGCAUGUUGUCGAUCAUUCUGCCUUUUGUUGCCCUCCGUGCCUUUUAAUUGUCCUGCACCUAUUUUUUUUUAUUUCUAACGUGCAGGAAAAAAAGAUGGUCCUGACUUACUUUGCACCCACACCUGAGGCAUGCAAGCACCUAUGGAAGUGUGGCGUGGAGAACCAAGCCUUCUACAAGCUGGAGAAGUCCAGUCAGGUGCGCACCAUGUCCAGCAGCAACUUGUUCUUCAAGGGCAGUCGUUUCCGUUACAGUGGUCGUGUGGCAAAAGAGGUGAUGGAGCAAAGUGCCAAAAUCAAACGGGAACCUCCGGAAAUACACAGAGCCGGCAUGGUUCCCAGCCGGAGUUGCCCAUCCAUCACUCAUGGACCUCGUCUCAGCAGCGUACCGCGCACACGCCGCAGAGCCGUGCACAUAUCCAUCAUGGAGGGUCUGGAGUCGCUACGUGACAGCGCCCACUCCACCCCGGUGCGUUCGGUGUCCCACGGCGAGGCGUUCAUCCCCCGCUCCCGCAGCCAGGCCACGGACGCCGGCGAGAGGACGUCGGUGAUCUCGGACGAAGCGUACAGCCCCUCGGACAGCGUCCUGCCCACGCCGGUGGCCGAGCACGGCACAACAGAGCUGACUGGCUCGCGCCAAAUCAACGGGGCGCCCUGCAGCAUCGAGGAGGAGAAGGAGUCGGAGGCGGGGACUCCCACACACGAGGAAAGGGAUGAUAUUGGCGCUGUGGAGGGCGCCGCCGAAGGGGGUCACAGCGAGGUGGAACAGGUGAAUAAGUUCGUCUUAAGUGUCCUCCGAUUGCUCCUCGUCACCAUCGGGCUCCUCUUUGUCUUGCUCCUCCUCCUCAUCGUCCUCACCGAGUCCGACCUUGAUGUGGCUUUUUUACGCGACAUUCGGCGGACCCCCGAGUUCGAACAGUUCCAUUACGAAUAUUUUUGUCCCCUUAGGCGGUGGUUUGCCUGCAAGCUCCGCUGGGUGGGCGCAUUGCUUGUUAACAAGUAAACAAAACACUUUGUGACUCGUCAUCCUGCAGCUUGGUGACCAGCUUCUCUCUCUCCCACUUCUUACUCUUUUAUUUUCCCUUUUACACAAAUCGUUUUUUUUUCCCCUUCCUGUUUUUUCUAUUUUGUUAUUGAACUGUGAGCGAAAAAAGCAUCACCUUUACAUGUUAUUUAUUGGUUUUACAGUCCAGGAAGGGCGGAGCAGAAGUGAGAUAUAAGUGAGGUAUGAUGAUAUAAAGAAGUUAUAGAAGGUUGAUGUUGAAAAGAUAAAUGCAUUUGAUGAUUUUUGUAGAGGUUAUGGUCAGAUAUUUACAUACACUCAUUCUGGGCAUGGACUAAAUGAUCAAUUAUUAUUACGUCUAAAUUUAUUUUGGAUUUUAUGAAAUUUACACAGCUUCAUAGAUUUACAUUUGUGAUUAACUUCUGGAACAUUCAGCACCACUUUUGAGAAGAUUUAGGGAAACUAAAAGUAAAUGCAUUGAAGACAUUGUACCGAUGUCUAUGGUGUAUAAACAUUCCAUUCAGGGAUAAACUGUGGUUCCAAUAAUAAAUAAGCCUAGAAUGAGCGUAUGAAAUUCUAAAAUAAUGUGGUGAACAUUACAGUUGUGAAGGAACAAGUAGCUAAUAGCCUAUAUAGACAUGCAAUGCUCAUAUAAGUCAGUGUUAUUAAUUCUCGUCAUUUGCAUAUUUUUUCAUGAUCUUGAGAUUCAAUGAAUUUCAAUUAUUUCUUACUAUGAAGAUUUAUUUUAGUUCAAAAAAAAAAAAAAUCAACCUUUAAGUUUACUGUAUUAUACUAUUGGAAGAUGUACAUUUUUCUUAUUAUAUUGACAGCUCCAAUAUGUAUAUUUUACCAGGAGGCAAAAGAUUAUUUUAUUAUUGAAGACAAGAUAUUUUACUUUUUGUAGCGCCGUGGUUCAUAUAGAAGAGAUUUGAAAGGUUGUUCAGUCACAAGGCAACCCAAAAUACAAGAAGAGUUUGAAGACCUGGGGUCUCAGCACCCAUGAUAAUGGACUUAAGAUGUAUUAAAAAAAAACAAAAAACAGUUACUUAAAAUCCCACCCAAAACCAAAUUAAUCAGCAUACACAUUUUCGGAUUAACACAUUGAAAAAUGCCACUCUAUUUAGAAACUCUCUUUUUUUUUUUCUUUUACACAAAAAGGUCAUUAAAAAUUAAAUUGGCAGAUAUGAAUUAUUUUAAACACAUGUAUUUAAAAUAUAUAUUCAGUCUUAAACUGAACAAACCAAAUGAUCUUUAAACUUAAAAAUAUAUAUAGCCAUGGAAAUUAAGUAUUUUGAAACAUUUAAAUUAAAGAUGAAAGAAACUGGAAUUACUCUUUAAACAAAAAUACAUAUAAUUUCUGCAAUUAAAAUAAUUGCAAAUUAAUUGGCAAAUGUUGAGAUAUACUUGUUUUAUGUCUAACAAAUCUAAAACAAAUUGCUAAAUAACAUUUAUAUGUGGUAAAGUAAAAUAUGUUUGGUGUUAAAACGUUUUUAUAUUUAACUAAAAAACACAUUGACAAAGAGAUUGUCAAGAUUUAAACUCAAAUAUUGUUUUUUGGAUUUUUGCAACAUAUUUUUACACGUUUAACUCUGCCUCUAAACUUUUUUACUUUCACAGUUAAAGGGAGCAAUAACUAACACAAAUAUUACCUAGCACUUGUACCAGGUACAGGGGCAUGUUAGUCUGUAAGUGGAAAAACAAAUAACACUUAAUGUCCAUGUUUUGCAUAAAUCUACCCAAUUAAUUAGUAAUGUUGCCAUUAGACCCCCUGCUUGCAUAUUAGUCCUGAUCAAGUGAAUUUAGAAAUUGGUUGUAUGUUAGCGUUAUGUAGCGUCUUCAAAUCAUAUAAAAGAAAGGCACCAUUCAAGAAGCAAUAAAUAGGUGAAAUAAGGAAAAACAAUUACAAGUGAACGGUCGUACAAUUACAUUUGAAAUUAUCCAUCCAUCCAUUUUCUACCGCUUAUUCCCUUUGGGAUUGCGGGGGGCGCUGGUGCCUAUCUCAGCUACAAUCGGAAGGAAGGCGGGGUACACCCUGGACAAGUCGCCACCUCAUCGCAGGGCCAACACAGACAGACAACAUUCACAGUCACACACUAGGGCCAAUUUAGUGUUGCCAAUCAACCUAUCCCCAGGUGCAUGUCUUUGGAAGUGGGAGGAAGCCAGAGUACCCGGAGGGAACCCACGCAGUCACGGGGAGAACAUGCAAACUCCACACAGAAAGAUCCUGAGCCUGGGAUAUAAUAUUUUAAAAAUCUUUAGAUGUUUUUUUGUUUUCCUCAUGCUUGGCUCAUUGCUGGUGUGGCAAAGAUGGAUAAAAAUGACUGAUGACAAAAACCAUGUUGCAUAUCAUGACAUUUUGUUCAUAAAACUAACUUCAGUAACAUUAUUUUUUCAAAUGUAGCUGAUCAAUUGAAAAACCCACUGGAAUGUAAAAGUGUGUUUGUAAUGGACUUAAGACAUUUUGUACAUUGUGAUGUAAAAACUUGAGUCUUAAAACCGGUUUCUUAUUUGGUUUUCUCUUAAAUGUGACUUUAAGUGACAAUAGGCACAUUUUAGAGGUUUACAUGUCUGAAAAAAGCAUCCUGGAUCCUCAAUGUGACUGAAUAUGUGGAACCCUCCCUCCUUGCGUGAAGGAAUGAUAAGCUGAAGUCAUGUUACGAUAUACAAGUUGUGUGUGUGUGUGUGUGUGUGUAUGUAUGUAUGUAUGUAUGUAUGUAUGUAUGUAUGUAUGUAUGUAUAUAUAUAUAUACAUAUAUAUAUAUAUCCGUGCCAAAUGACCUGUUUGUACCUUAGCUCUGUCCACAGUAUCUUUGUAAACUGGUGCCAUGACAUCAAGCUAUUCAGACUUGAAAUAAACUCUGGUUUGAAACCAUUUAAAAAAA